GGUAAGGAGGGUUGUAAAAGUGGUGUAUACACAUUUAGUAUAAACGAAAAUACUAUGCGUGCCGAGCUCUGUAAUCUAGGUAUACAGUGUGUUAAGAAGAAAGACAUAGAAGCAUCACUGAAAGUGCGUGAAGAAAUACGCGUUGAUCCAUUCAAAACUGGCUUUUCACACGUAACUCAACCGAGUAGUAUAGAUAUCAAUGCGGUACGUUUGUGCUUCCAAGUAUUUAUCCAAGGCGAAAAUGGACACUUCACGGUGCCACUGAAGCCCGUCGUUACCGAUCCUAUCUAUGACAAGAAGUCGAAGUCAGAUCUCGUUAUACGUGAGAUGUGCAGUUCGGCGACAGUGCUGGGCAACACGACUAUCAUGUUGCUCUGCGAAAAGGUGGCGAAAGAAGAUAUAGCGGUGCGAUUUUUCGAGGAGAUUAAUGGUGUUGUAGUUUGGCAAGCUUAUGGCGACUUUGAACCCUCUAGUGUGCAUAAACAAACCGCAAUUAGACUGAGGACACCUAAAUAUCACAAUACCGAUAUUGAAGAGCCCGUACAGAUAUUCGUGCAACUACAAAGACCUUCCGAUGGUGCCGUCAGUAAGCCUUGUGAAUUCAAAUAUGAACCAGUCAAAAAAUCACGACUAAAGCGCAAAUGUAGACUUAACGACCUUACUAUGGCUUCGUUUAAAGCUAGGGAGAACCAGACGGUUACCAAUAAACCGUUACAAAAUAACAUUAUCAAGAAUGAAGCACAUAUAAAUUUGGAUACGUUCUUCGUGUCUAGUGAGAUGACACCAUCACCAGAGCCAUUAUCGCCACUAUCAUCAAUCAAGAGCAAUACAUCGAGAACACCUUCGCCUGACGGAAAGCACUCACUCUCCUCUAGAUUGGGAUUAACGCAUGCAGCGCGAUUGCCAUUGAAGAAGGCUGCCAAGGCUACGGCCAUGAAGUGGGUGGUAUUCCGUGCAACCACACCAACAAUUAUCACGUUGCGUCAAAUUCAGCUUACGAAAAAUUUUCAGCGACACGAAUGGCUGCAGCAAAGCUUCUUCGUAGGUUAA